AUGAAGCGGCACUUGAGGAAUCUGAGCCCCACCCCAGCAAAUGCUCUAUGUUUGUCCAGCUCCUUACCUUUCAGGUCUAGCAGAAAAGGAGUGUUUAAGAUGUUGCAACAUCCUGACGAAAAGGACAGACAAGAACUAAGCACUAAACUGGGUCUCACAUCACAGCAAAUUAAAUUCUGGUUUCAGAACCGGCGCACGCAAGUAAAGGUUCAGCAGGAGCGUACUGACAACACUAAUUUGCGUACGGAAAACGAGAGAUUCCGACUGGAUAGACAGGCGCUGAGAAAUACACUUAACAAUAUCAGGUGUCAAACGUGUGGAGGAUCUAAUUUCAUGACAGAGAUGGUUUACGAACAGCAAAGCUUGGCUCUAGAAAAUGAGCUUUUAAGAACGGAGAUUGAAAAACUGAAUGCAGUUGCCUCGAGUUGUGUUGGAAGAACAAUCCCCUUGUUAGAAACCAGAGCAGAUCAAUCACAGAUGAUGUACUCUUCACACCAUGAAGAGGGAAGCUCAGGACAGAACCAGAUUACAUUGCCCACACCCACUUGUGUUUCAUUGGAUGAAUCCUCGGCAAUGGAAGCUGCGCAAAAGGCCACUGAAGAAUUUAUCUGGAUGGUAGACGCAAACGAGCCUGUUUGGGUGAAGAAACCUUUAGCGGAUGGUACAAUAGAAAUUCUGAAUACGAAUCAGUUGUACGGAACAUUUCCUCAGGGCAUGGGGCUCAGCAGCAACAUGAAGAGAGAAGGCAGCAGGGACACCUCAAUUGUUUCUAUCACAGGAGCUGAAUUGGUUGAUCUCUUCAUGGAUGUGAUGUAUGCUGAGCUACAGAUUCUAUCUCCUCUUGUUCCCACGAGACAUAUAUCUUUUCUUCGGUUUUCCCAGCAGCCAACCAAUGGAAUGUGGAUAGUGGUAGACUUUUCUCUAGAAAAUUUGAACUACAGUAUUUCGCCCUCGUUGGAUGGUACCAUAAGCAUCCGUCUGGAUGUGUUAUACAAGAUAUGCCUAAUGGGUGUUCAAAGGUCUGUGAUUUGGAUAGAGCAGGGUGAGACAGAUUAUAGAAUAGUUCAUAAAAUAUUUGAGCAAGUCAUCAACAGCGAAAUGGCCUUUGGCGCCCAGCAUUGGCUGACUUGCUUGCAGAGGCAAUAUUGUUGGUUUAAAACUCUAGUAGAUCUCACCAGCGAAGGAGAUGUUUCCCGGACAAAUAUGAUAAGAUUGGCGCAGAACAUAAGCAGUCAAUUUGUUGCAAACAUAAGUGCACUCUCACAAUCCAGCAACGACCCUAUUAAAAUCACAACAAGAAACGCUUCCGAAGUGGGACAAUCCAGUGGUGUUAUUGUCUGUGUUGGAACUUCUAUCAAGCUUUCUGUCCCCCCAAACGUACUGUUUAAUUUUUUGGGGGAUGAGCGAACCGCAUCAAAGUACAAACUAUUAUCAUGUGGAGAAUGGAAGGAACUCACAAGCAUUGGAAAUGGAUCAGACCCUUCAAAUUGCAUUUCAUUGUUUGAUGUUUAUUGUGAAGGCGAGACAGAGAAGACGCUGAAACAUAGUUACAGAGACGCAUCGGGGUCUUUUUGUGUGUAUACAGCCAUAAAUGUUGACAUCAUCCAUGGUAAGGAUGCUUCUUCAUUACCCAUUGCCGCUCAUCAUGGAUUUGCAGUACUACCAUAUCACACUUCAACUGCCGUUAAUUCACUUAUACCAACCACUAUAUUACAUGAGGAAGCCUCGGCCACCAGCCUUGACAGUGUAGGUUCAGUACUUACACUAAUAUUCCAAAAUAUUGAGACAGAGUUUACCAACUGCAGUCUGAGCGGUGCAUAUGUUGAAAAAAUCCACAAUACUAUGAAUAACACCAUCCAAAGAAUAAAAAAAUGUCUGGCAUUGUAUAGAUUGAGUGCUCAAAUUACAGCAGUCUCAGGAAUAUAUCAUUGUCCUUUUACAGAGGUGGAUUCGAUUCAAACCCACAAAGACUAA